AUGGCUUUGACUCAAGAAACUAUUUUGACAUUCCUGCUGGAACGGGACGGCAAAGUGAAGAACUCCGAAAUGCUAAGUAAGUUCAAAGGUCCUUUAAAUUGCAGCGAUCUCGCGGAAAAGAAACAGAACAGGGAACUUUUCAAGCGUUUUGUUAACAACGUUGCGGUUGUCAAAGAAGUUGAGGGCGAGAAGUACAUUGUCAUUAAGAAACGAUAUUCGCAUUUAUUGAAAGAGAACCUUGCUUUAACUGAUCAGACGUCCGAUCUUGCGGAGGGUUGCGUGGAUUCACCUGGUCCGAUCAGCGAGAACAGUGAGGGUGGCGGGGGCGAGACGUCUGAUCUUGGUAGUAGCAACGUGUCAUCUCUUUCUGACAUUAAUGAUGAUUCUUUCAACCGUAAUAAAAGCCCGUCACCAGUUGAAUUAGCAUUGCAAAGAUGCAGGGGUGCGGAUAACUUGAAAACGGAGGCACAAUCUAUUUGCGCUUUAAGGUCAUCUGAUGUACCCCAGACUAAGACCUUUAAUGACAAAGACACAAGUCCCUCGGUCUCACAAGUUAGGAGUGAUGAUAAAACAACCGCGCCCAGUGUUCAGAAGCCUUGCAUGUUGCCUUUGAGACUGCCACCACCACCACCACCACAGAUUAAUAUUGAAGUCCCAGUGGACAUCAAGGACAAACCGCCAGGAAAGGUCAGUGAAGAGCAUGAAGUUGACAAGUCUCCCAGAACCAAGAGGAGAGUGUUUGAGCAACUCCAGACCCCGAACUCGCCGUUCCCGAGACGAGCCUUUAAGAACAGUAAACCCACAGAGGAACCUAAAUUCUCCACGACUGUCCCUCUGGAGUCCACAGAACACGAGUGGCUGGUUAAGUCUGCGGCCGGGCACUGGAGCCAAGUGUAUGGUCUCCUGCUUCAGGACGCUCGGCUGGCCCCAAGGAAAGAUUUUAUGUCGGGUUUCACAGCUUUACAUUGGGCAGCCAAAUGCGGAAACAGUGAGAUGGUGCGUAAUAUCAUUCAGCUAUCCCGGCAAGGCCACGCGGAGCUCGACGUCGACGCCAGAAGUCACGGAGGGUACACGGCGUUACACAUUGCCGCCAUACACGGCCACGAACGUGUGAUCGCCUUGCUUGUGCGGGACCAUGGCGCAAACAAAAACAUAAGGGACAAUAACGGCAAGAAGCCUUAUCACUACUUACACAAAGGCGUGUCACUCGAAACAAGAGAACUACUGGGCGAGCCGCAGGCCUUGCACCCGGAAUUACCCCAUGAGCGGGAUGGAGACGAUCACGUAACGGAGCUGUCAAAGGGUUUUAACACGAUAGGUAGACUGUUUCAGCCUCACGUGCUUGGGCCGAAAAAGAAGCACAAACAGCGGCCAGGAGUGCUUUCGCUAAGCGAGGAACCGGAGGAAGAGGAGAGUGCGCCAAGGAGCAGAAGCUUCUCGGAUCGGUUUAAGCACGGAGCGCUCACACCGCAAUGAAAAGCGAUGUGUAAAUCAAACAAACUUUGGUUUGGUACAACGCCUUUACUGUCAGUCACAAAGCGCUGUAAAGUGCACUUUAUUCCUGAUGUAAUGAACAAAUGCAAGUCUUACCUUAU